AUGACACCAGAAACAGGUCCGACACUUGUCAAUAACGCUGGCACAGUUGAGGACGAUGAUGCAUUUGAGCUCCAAGUUUACCAAAAGAUUCAGGGCGAUGACUUUAUUGUCGAUUGGAACGAGCCGAGUGACGCGGGCAAUCCUCGCAACCUGUCAAAGACGCGCAAGUGGCUAAUCACCUGGACUAUUGCGCUCUACGUCUUGACGACCACGUUUUCCUCGUCGGUCUUUAGUGCGGCCGCAGCAGCAACAGCUACCGAGUUCGAGACUAGUGUCCAAACUAUGGUGUUUGGAGGUACAUCCCUUUUUAUGCUGGGCUUCGCUUUUGGCCCCAUUGUUUUCGGCCCGCUAUCCGAACGCCUUGGUCGCAAGCCACCCUUGUUGGCCGGCUACAUCCUCUUCAUUCUCUCUCAGCUGCCUGCAGGCGCCGCCAACAGCACUCUCGCCACCGUCUUCGUCUCGCGUUUCCUCCAGGGGUUUUUUGGCGCCGCUCCCUCGGCCAUCAUGAGCGGAACCAUGGCCGACAUGUGGACGCCGAAGCAGCGAGGUUUUGCCAUGCCGUGCGCAGGCACCUUUCUCAUGGUCGGGCCCGUCAUCGGCCCCAUCGUGGGGUCCGCCGUCGCCUCGAGCAGCAGCCUGGGCUGGCGCUGCAUCUUCAACGCCACGGCCGUCGCCUGUCUCGCCGUCGGCCUGGUGACGUUUCCCAUCCUGACCGAGACCUGUUCGCCAGUCCUGCUGGAGCAGAGGGCGAGGCGCAUGCGCCACAUGACGCGGAAUUGGGCCUUGAGGGCCAGGUCGGAGGAGCAGGAGCAGAGCUUCCGUGACGUUGUCGAGGGCUGCCUCGCUCGGCCAGCCAAGAUGCUUUUCCUCGAGCCCAUCCUCGUCCUGAUUUCGACUUAUAUUUCUGUUGUUUUUGGUCUCAUGUACAUCUUCUUCAUCGCUUACCCCAUGUCCUUUGCCAACGAGCGCCACUGGGACCAAACCUCGGCCGGCCUCCCUCUGCUCUCCAUAUUGCUUGGUACGAUCAUCGGCGGCGCCAUCAUCAUCCUCACCGUCGAAUCCAAAGUGUCCCCCGACCCGGCCAACGGACGCCCUCAAGAGAACAGACUGCUGCUGAUGAUGCUCGGCUCUGUCUGCCUUCCGGCGGGCAUGCUCUUGUUUGCCGGCGGUAGCUCUCCAUCUGUGGGGCCGACGCAGCAGAUCAUGGCCGGCGUCCCCAUGGGCAUGGGAAUUAUCCUGAUCAACAUGCAGGGCAUGAACUACAUCAUUGACUGCUACGGGCCCUUUUCAAACUCGGCAAUAUCGGCAAACACGUUCAUGCGGUCCAUCUUUGCGUCUGGAUUCCCCGCCUUCUCACAGAUUUCUGUCGCCCGAGCUACGUCAAUGUUGGCCGCUAUUGCCAUCGUUUUGGCGCCCAUUCCGUUUUUGUUUUACAGAUAUGGCAGUCUUGUUCGCUCCAAGAGCAGAUGGGCCCCUUAG